AUGAAGUGGCUAACUUUAUCGCUCUUCGGAGCGCUGCUCUCCUGGGCCAUCUACAGCAUCGCUCCCUUCGUGAGCCGGACCAUCACAGUGUUUGGGCUCUUUCGGCGAUACCCCGAGGGCACAACAACAACAGACGAGACACUCCAAGCCAUCCCAGAUACGACCCAUUGCGAGGACCUCCAUUAUCAUGCCCCUAGCGGGACGCUUUUCACUGCCUGCGAAGACAACCUCGAAGGCAGGCACAAAUGGUUCCCUCCUCUGGCCAACUUCGACGACCCUGAGGUCGGCAGCAAGGGUCUCGGCUCCAUCCAUGUGAUUGACCCCAAGACCAUGAAGUCUCAGCGCCUCAAGUUCGACAACUUCAAUGGGCCUUUCAUCACCCACGGCAUUGACGUGAUUCCGGACAAAGACCGUCCCGAGGGAGAAGCCGUGUACAUCUUUGCAGUCAACCAUGUUCCCGAGGUGCAAGCUUCCGGUGCAAAAGGGCCCUCUGCGCGCUCGCAGCUUGAAGUCUUUUAUCAUAUCAUUGGCACUUCAUCCGUCAAGCAUCUGCGCUCGAUCUGGCACCCGCUUAUCCGGACGCCUAACGAUGUUGUUGCUCUCUCUCCAACAUCUCUCUACGUGACCAACGACCACUUCUACCGCGAGCAUGGCAUCAUGCGCACGAUCGAGGAUAUGUACAUCAAAUCAGACUGGUCAGACAUUGUACACAUCCAGCUUGACUCCCUGAAAGCACCAAGUGCAGACGCUGGCGUCACCGCUCGAAUUGCCCUAGCUGGUCUGCACAAUACCAACGGCAUAGGGCACGGCCGCACAGAGGACGAGAUCCUCAUUUCUAGCUGCACCAGCGGUGUUCUGAACAUCGCCCAAGUGCCCUCUGACCCAUCCACGGGUAAUCUCACGGUCGUCGAGGCAAUUGAGAUCGACCACAUUGCCGAUAACCCGAGCUACUUUGCGGAUCCCUAUGCCAGUGCGGUUGACGACAGGAGUGGCUUCUUGGAGGCAGGUGUGUCACGGGCGGCAGACCUACUUCAUACCAUGCGGGACCCGAAUGCCAAGGACCCUGUGAUGGUGACGUAUUUAAGGCCGAAGCGACCCGAGGAAGGUGGUGGUUGGGAAAAGCGGGUGCUCUUGGAUGACGAUGGUGCCAGGUUACGGUCAGCCAGUGCAGCCGUGUUGGUGGCGAUUGAUCCAGCUAGCGAGCCGAAUGGGGGCAGUCGGAAAGCGUGGCUGUUUGCGACAGGAUUCCUAUCCAAGAAUGUGAUUGCUGUCAAGGUCGAUCUGUAA